UCCUUCUCCUAGUAGCCCAAGUUGUGAAGCCACCACAAACAAAACAGGUAAUCAAAGCCUUUUUCCUAAAUCCUAAGCGUGUUUUCUUGAGUAACUCUAUUCGUUCUAGAAACAUCUUGAGGUAAAAUAAUCAAAUUCUACCCAAAACAAAAUUUUACCACUCUUCAACUUUCGUUCCUAUAAAUACUCUCUCAACACAUUGGCUCUCCUCAUCUUCCAUUAGACAUUCAUACCUCAAAACCUCUCUCAAAAAAUAAAACAUAAACCCUCAACAUGAUGAACACCCGACAAUCAGAAACCCCGACAUACUGCGCCAAAGGUUGCGGAUUCUUCGGAACAGCAGCGACAAUGAACAUGUGUUCGAAGUGUUACCGUGACCACCGUCUCAAGGAGGACCAAUCCGUGACCGUUAGAGCCUUCGUUGAAAAAUCGUUAUCGUCGACAUCUUUGUUGAUACAUGAAUCAGUAAGUGAGGAACCGAAAUAUAAGUCCGAUGAAGCGGUGGUUGUGUCGGCGGAGAGUUCGACAAAGGCGGCGAAUAGGUGUAUGAGUUGUAACAAGAAGGUCGGAAUUGUCGGGUUUAAGUGUAAGUGUGGGUCCACUUUCUGUGGGUCCCACAGAUUCCCUGAAGAACAUAGUUGUACAUAUGAUUUUAAGGUUGCUGCUGAAGUUGUCAUCGCUAAACAAAAUCCCAAGGUUUUUGCUGAUAAGUUGCACAAGAUCUGAAGUUUUAGAUUUUUUUUUUAUUAGGUUUUAUGGUAUAGAUUAACACUGUGUGUAUGUAUUUGGAUUGUUUUGAUUGGUGAUUAGUUUUUAUAAAUAAAGAAAAUUUUAGAGAUUUA